AUGAACGAUAAAAGAAUCAAAAUAUGUGAAUUUAGUGAUACAUGCUAAGUUUAAAAUUGUAAAAAUUUGCAUAGCUCUGACUAAGGGUUCUUUUAUAAGGUUUAAUUGGAAAAGGCAAAGCAUUAAAUUAAAUGUAAAAAAAACUGCAAACACUUUAAUACUUGUUUAGAUGUCCAUGAAAAUGAAAGGCUAUUCAUUUAAUGUUAAAAGAAUUGCGAUGAUUCAGACUGCAUUUUUGCUCAUGAAACUAAUAUACGCCAAAAUGAAGAAAGCUUGAAAAAUGCAAACCUAUAUAAAGAAUAGGGGAAUGAGUUAUAUAAAAAAGGAGAAUACGAAAAUGCAAUAUCUGCUUUUGAUGAGGCAAUUAAACACAAUAACUAAAUGUCUGUACUCUAUUCAAAUAAGGCAUUAUGUUAUAAGAAGUUAAAAAAUUGGAAUUAAGUCAAAGAGCUAUCUGUCUAAGCCUUAAAAAUAGAUGAAAAUAAUUAUAGAGCCCAUUAUUUAGAUGCCAUUUCCACAGUAGAACUUAUAAAAUAGAAGCCAACAUCGUCGAUAAUAGAUGUCUUGAGAAACCAACUAUAAACUCUUUAACUAAGUAGACUUUACUCUUAUAUUAUAGUUGAAAUAUAAGCCAUAGAUAGAUAAUUGCAUUCAUUAAUGAAUCUAAGCAAUGAGAAAAAUAAGGUUGAAAUCCUCAUUGAACAUUUUAAAAAGUCAGAAGAGGGUCUAAAUUUGUUGAAAUAUGUCGAGAAUUCAAAAUUACCGUAAGAACAAAAAGAGAAUCUUGUUUAAUUCCUUUGGUCCAAGAUUUUACGAGAACAAACUAUCUUAAAACCUUUAGGACAUGAGGAAGAUAUGCCUGAGCAUUUGACUUGUCCAAUUACAUUUGAAAGUUUUAGUGAUCCCGUUUUAACUGAUAGCGGAUAAACUUAUGAACGAUUAGCUAUUGAGAAUCAUACAAAAAAAAAUGGUUAUUUUGAUCCUUGCACUAGAAAGCCAUUGAAACAUCAGUAUAUAUCCAACUUGUAAAUACUAUGGGCCGUCCAAUUCCUAAAAAAGAAGAAAAAACUUCAUCUGUAAUUUAUAGAAGCCAUUUAAUUUGAAUGA